UUCAAUUAGAAAAGAGAAUCAAUCUAUCUAUAUAUCAUCAAAGUAGAAGAGUGCGUGUGUGUGAGUGAGUUGCAGAACAUAACAUGAAGGUUGAAGAAACAACAAAGUUCAGUAGAAAAUGGAACAUAACAAUCGAUUACAACAUCAUGAAUCCACUGUCUCAAGCUGAAACACUCUUCGCUAAUUUCUCCAACAACAACUGCAAACUACGUCGUCUUCCUCACGUGUUCAGCAAGAUCCUUCAAAUUCCGUUACGUUCCGAUGCUGACGUGUCAGUUGAAGAAUCAGUUAACUGUUUCCGAUUCAUGGCGGAAACUGACUCGUCACUCGGUCACGUGGAGACUCACACGCUUCAUAUCCAUCCAGGUGUCACUAAGAUUGUUGUAAGGGCAAGUCAGUCACUUCACUUUUGUUUGGAUGAUCUUAAUCCUGAUAUCUGGAGGUUCCGUUUGCCGGAAUCUGUUGUUCCGGAGCUUGCCACCGCCGUGUUCGUCGACGGCGUGCUUGUAGUGACGGUGCCUAAGGCUGAUUAUGAUGAGAACAUUGCUGAAGCUAUUGGUGGUGGUGGUAACACACUCGUGCUUGUUCAGUGAAUUUUGUUAAAAAAUUAUAAUUAUUAUUAAUUAUAAUAAUUGAACUUUGUUUUGUUGUUUUUUUAAUUUCAUUUGCGACAUAAUUUGUUGUUGGAUUAGAAUUUGGAAUUCUUAAUCACAGACCAGACAGGUGCUGUUUUAUUUUUAAUAAUUUAUUUUUCACA